UCAAAUUAAUCUUGACAUUUUAGUAGAAAAAUUUAAUACUGGCAAUUAUUCCGCAAUGGCGGACAAAAAUCGAUUUUGAAUUAAUUUGAACUUGCGCGAAGACGUCGCAGUACGUCCCGUGCUGUUAUUAUUUAUUACUUUUGUAUUUAAAAUCCAGAUUCAAGCCGUCGUGUUAAAAUUUAGUUUUCAAAUAAGAAUUUCUUUUAUAAUUUAAUGUUGUUACCAAAUUAAACUCGAAUGUUUUAUUUUUUGCGAUGAUGUAAGAAUUCGAAGGCGCCUAAAGGCUUUUGAGCACGGGUUUGCGUCAUUAUCGCACGGAGCGUGCGCGAGUUUCGCCAUGGAUGGGGAGGACGGAGGCACCGGAAACACCGAUAAAGAAGAACAUGAGAGCAGCACGAAUUCUACACCUCAAGAACAUAAAUCUUUCGCUGAAUUUGCGAAAGAUAAACUCGACAGUGCUGGACGAGAGCUCCGCAGACGUUUACCCAUGGCCGGUCAGCUUGGGGCUCACCUGAUGCAUCCGAGGAGAUUACUUCUACACUCAACUCCCACUCAGCAAACCGAUGUAGUGCUGAUAUUUCCCAAAGGUCUACCAGACAGUAUGCUUUUAUGGUUGCUGCAGAAGCUCAGAGGGAGUAGGCCGCGACUACGUGUCUGCGUCAGGCAGCACGCCUCCUCUCAAUGCUCAGCCUUCUACAUCACAGCCGACGAUGAUGUAUUGUUGCAGACGGCUGAAGAAGUGCACCUUCCAAAACAAUUGAAACCAGAAUUUGGUGGGGGAUACAAGGAAUUCACUGUACGCGAUAUGCAUUGUUUUCAAAAGGGCUCGUCAGCAUCAGAACUCCUCAAUACGCAGGAGCGUGGAGUCCUCGUGAAGCACGUGCUGGAGUCAGCUCGUGCGGAAGCAGGCGAUGAGCAUGCUUUAGAACCGGCGUUAACCCUAAGGCCUGGACAAAGUAUUGUGCCUGCGUGUGUGAGUCGGGGCGUUGUAGCGAAUAUGUUUCCGUUGCACGAAAGAAAUUCUCUGGAGAACCUGCGGAAGAAGUGGGUGAAGACUUUCUUCUCCCCACAGCCUUUAGAUGAAAUAAGUGAAUAUUUCGGCGUCAAAAUCGCGAUGUAUUUCGCUUGGCUCGGCCACUACACGCGGUCGCUGACCGUGCCGGCCGUCGUCGGUUUUAUAUUCUGGAUAUGGCUGGGCACUGCGAAUGAGCAGUGGAAGGACAUAGCGUACAUGCUGUUCUCAUUGUUCAAUGUAUUGUGGGCGUGCAUUUAUUUGGAGACUUGGAAAAGGUACUCCAACGUGUUGGCUUAUAGAUGGGGGACCCUAGACCAGCGCGACGACUUGCUUCUCGAGCCCCGACCGCUAUUCCAGGGUGAAAUGAGCAUAAGUCCGGUGACUGGCCGCCCGGAGCCCCAGUACGCCUCGUGGCGACGUCGGGUGUGGCGACACUGUAUAUCGAUGCCCGCCACGCUGCUGUGUCUGUGUGUGGCCGCCGGAGCAACCUUUGCACUUUUGCGUGCGCAGGAUUGGUGGGAAAAUAAUAUAGUAUAUUUCACGUGGAUACCCCGUGCACUGCUGGCUGUAAUCAUCGCCGUGGAAGAAGAAGUUUACGCGAGGAUAGCCAGGUGGCUAAAUGACAAAGAAAACUAUCGCCUCGAUACGAAAUAUGAGAACCAUCUGAUUGUGAAAAUUGCAUUGUUUCAAUUCGUGAACUCGUUCAUGAGUUUGUUCUACAUUGCGUUUUAUCUACAGGAUAUGGAUAAAUUGAAGGAGCAAUUAGCAGUGUUGCUAAUAACUAGACAGGUAAUCGGUAAUCUGAAAGAAUCUGCUUUGCCUUACCUGAUUGAGAAUCUUCGACUCGCCAAAAUAUGCGUCGACGUGUUCGGUGCGAUCAGUCCUAGUAAAGCGCCCACGUGCACACAAUUAAACGAAUUGUUUGACAAGAAGAAUGAAUCUGUAGGCGAUGCACAGGACGGCGCCGUGCCCAACGGCAGUGCAGAGAGCGAUGAAAGGAGGGACUCAGAGCCCCUCGUCGGGCAGAAGGUCAUACAUCAAGCAGAAUUGGAAUCGCAGUUGUUUAAGUACGACGGAACGUUCGCCGAGUACCUAGAGAUGUUGACGCAGCUGGGCCACGUGGUGCUGUUCUCGUCCGCCUUCCCGCUGGCGGCGGCGUGCGCGCUGCUCAACAACGCGGCCGAGGUGCGCGCCGACGCCUUCAAGCUGUGCCACGUCGCGCAGAGACCCUUCGGCGAGAGGGUCAACAGCAUCGGCAGCUGGCAGAACGCCAUGGAAGCCAUAGUGGCGGUGGCGGUACUGGUGAACUGCGCGCUGAUAGGACUGUCGGGGCCCGUGCACAGACUGCUGCCGGACGCCACGCCCGCACAAACUAUACUCAUCAUUGUGGGAUUAGAGCACAUAGUUUUAGUGAUAGUAUUAGCGCUACGAAUCGCGAUACCUGAGAUCCCGGGUUGGCUCGCUACAGAAAUGGCAAAAGUCGAGUUUCAACGUCGAGAAGCGAUUAAAAACGCACAUGCACCUUUGCUGUCUGAAUGUACAAGUCAAGACGACAUCCGGCUGUCGUCUCGCAACACGCCGCGCACAAUGACGCCCACGACUCCGAAACAAGCCGAAAAAGCCGAUAAAAAGAAGAUAAGCAUCGGCAAAAUACCUGAGAUACCACCUUUUAGGCCGAAAGCUGCUUCAGUCACGGAGCCAGCCGUCACGACGGGCUCCCUCCAGAUACUGCAGGAUGUGAGCCCGACCAAACCUAUACGGAGGAAGGAAGCGGCUCCGGGGACCCCGCUGUCGCUGCUCGGCGUGCGCGGGCUGCGGGACGAGCCGCUACACCGCUCCGCGCACUGCCUGCCGCACCCCGCGCUCCACCGCCCGCCCCCGAACCCCGCCCUACAGGAGCUCUCCGGGACCGUCAGCGCGGGCGCCUCCGAGCCGGACCUCAACGCCGUGCCGGCCGACGCGAGCAUGACCUCAAGUGAAGACGACAAGCCCAAGGACAAAAGCGGUCGGUCCCGCGCGAAGGCCGCGUUGGUGAAGCGCGUGAGGUCGGUGGCGGUGUUCUCGCUCGGCCUCAAGCGGGCGCGGGAGGCAGCGGCCGGGGGCGCCGCCCCCAACACCAAGGACCCGCCCGUCACGCCGAGUCACCCAGCGCCGAUGCUGGGAGGAGAGCUGUCUUUGAUUCCAAUCGAGCAGUUGAUACAGGUUGAUGAUGUAAAGCCUCGACCUUCCACGUAGACGGGCCCUAAGGUUGGGCACCGACGAACGCGAGGGCAUAAGUCGCAUUGAAGACGCUGCAGUAACUACGUAAAUGUUGUUAAUAUUGAAUAGGGUUGUGUCGAUAAAUGUCGAUUUUGUGGUAUAUAAAGCAUACCUCAUUUUGUCUUCGUGAGAAAGCCACUAUGAUUGCAGUUUUUGUGGUUACAUUAAUCUAAUAUUAUAUUAUUUUUUUCUAUUUAUGAAAACAUUAAUAAGUAAAAAGAUUUAACGCGUUAAUCAAUUUUGAAAAAUCGAUAUUUAUCGAUUAAAAAUACAGUACAGUACAAUUGAUUAGUUAGCUUAACAUUAAUAAACAUAGUUAACGCCUGUUAAUUAGAUUUAUAUAGACAUAAAUAGUCGGUACGUAAUAUAAAACAGUAUUGUUGUAGACGUUUUAUCGAUGUUGUCAGUUUCGUAUCGAUUCCAGUUGUCAAAUUGAUUUUUUUUUAUAUGAGCGUUGAAACGGCCCUAAUUGCAUUAAAAUAGGAUGCACGGCUUAACAUUAAAAUGAAAAACUAUGAUUUAAAUAUUCCUCGAUCAAGAGUUUUAUAUCUCCCUUCAAGACCGUUGACUUAUUACAAUAGUAGGACGGGUCAAAAUCGUACGAUAAGCGAAUAUAGGUAUGGUACAGACAUUUUAAUAAUUUAAACAUCAUAAAUAUGAAUCUUAAUGUGUAAUAAAUAAGGAUUAAAAUGUUGCAUAUCGACGCUUGAAAGGCAAACGUGACUAAGCGACAAUAACUGCUUUAUACGUAAAUGAUAGGCAAUAACCAAAUUCGAUGCGCAAAAAAAAUAUAUUUCUAGGUCUAUUAAAAUCAUUUCAAUCCUACAGCUAGAUUCGUUAAAAAAAAUUUUUUUCAGGUAUUUCAACUUUAAAUUAGUCUACUGUAAAGUUCACGCAUUGUCGCUUAGUCACGUUUGCCUUUCAAGCGUCGAUAUGCAUCAUGAAUUUGGAGAAAUAACAUGCUCGUUGAUACAGCUAAAGUUUUGCUUGAAAGAAAGCGUAGAAAAAACAAGAAAAUUUCACCUUGCGUAUUCUCGUGGGUAAUCAGACCGGGCGCUCGUGGAAGGUCGUUGACCUCAUUCGUCAAUUUUAAUUUAUCGCGAUGAAUGUUUGUUUGUUGGACACUGGGAGUUGAUUUUGCUGCAGAAGUAUUUUUACAUACACGAAACGUAAAUAACACCAUAGACUUUUUUACUAUUGAAGUAAGUCACCGAAAGUCAUUGUGGGAAAUAUAAACGCAUAAAAAAAAUGAAGUUUUUUGUCAAAACUGUUGGGGGAAUGUGAAAUGUUUUGAAAAGUUUUUGAUAAAAGUUUUGAUGUAAUAUUUUCAAUGUUGAUGUUUUUAGGUUAGGAAGUGAUGCUUUUGUUUUUUGAAAAUUUUAAAAGCAAUUUGUGCGACAAUAAUUUCUUAUGGCUAGUCAAACGUGUAGUUCAUCGGCUUCGAUCGCUAAGUUCUGAAAAAUAACCUAUAAAUACGUGUUGAACUAUUCAUAUAGAUAUUAAGUUUUACCUGCAAUAUGUAUGUGUAUUUACUGGUGGUAGGACCUCUUGUGAGUCCGCGUGGGUGGGUACCAUCGCCCUGCCUAUUUGCUCCGUGAAGCAGUAAUGCGUUUCGGUUUGAAGGGUGGGGCAGCCGUUGUAACUAUGAGAUCUUAGAACUUAUAUCUCAAGGUGGACGUUGUAGAUGUCUAUGGGCUCCAGUAACCACUUAACACCAGGUGAGCUGUGAGCUCGUCCACCCAUCAUAAGCAAUAAAAAAAUAUAUAAAACAUUUUUUUAUUGCAAUGGUUACAUAAUACUGAUUACGUUUACUACCAUCACACUACAAGUGACGUCAGAAUUGUUUGCAUCAUAAUAAUUUAUUUAAAAAAAAAAACGCGUGCUCUGAAGCGAUAUCGCAUUUCUCCGUUAAAAUACAUGUUAAUACCUUAACAUAAAUAGGUUCUGGUUACUGUGCAAAGUCAAUCCGUCCUAUUAACAGAUCCAGUUAUUUUUCGGCUGAAAAUAAAUUUGUCAGAUCUUGUGUGUUAUAUUUCUCCAUGCAGCUUCUUCCAUUAAAUUUCGAAGUACCCUACCUCUUUAAAAGUUAGUCGUUUGUCGUUUCUAGCGUUGUUUUUAUUGUUCUAUACGAGUUAAAAGGAAAAAAAUAUCUGUUGAUUGAUCUGAUUGGUUGAUCCGGCUCGAAAGACCAAACAUGAGCUCUUAGUACUUUUUCUGUGCUCGAUAUUCCUAAUGUAAUUUUAACAAUAGCACAUGGAAAACCCAUAAAUUCAUAGGAUAAAUUACUUAGUUAAGGCGCACUGCAUUAUUGUUUGUUUAUAACUAUAGACAUGUAACAAUACUCAAGUAUAUCUUUAUUUGAUGUAUUUUCAUUUAAUACAAAGUGGAAGUUUUAUAUUGUUUUUAUCUAAGUAUUAUAACUAAAGGGGUUUACAUCGAAACAUAUACUUUUUGAAUAUUUUGCAAAGGGCAUCAGAGAUAUUUUGCUAACGUAUUUACAAUCACUUUUAUAUUAUUGAUUUGUUCUAAGGCUUGUCAAUUAAUUAAUAGUUAUGUUAACGCACCUGUUGAAUUUUACAUAGAUUUUUAAACAGUAAAGGCUUUAGUAAUUAUUAUUAGAUAAGAGUAGGUAGCUUCAGAGUUACGUAUUUUAUCUGAACUAGUUAACGUAAUUGAUUAUACAGCUACUUACAUAGAUUUACUUAAAUACGAUAGAAUUUAUUUAAUUUUUAACUCAAAUGUUUUUUUACGUUCGAAUGUCAAAAAAAUUCAUAGUAAUAACAAAAAUACACUGACCUGAAGAUAGAGAGAAGGGGUGACUCUUUACUACCACUAUGCACCUGCAUAGUAGUACGAUAAAUUAAUCCCAAAACGUUUACCAAACUUAAUUGAAAAUUAAAUAAACACGUCAUGUAUUUCAAAACACAAUUUUAUAAAUAGGCUCGUGACAAGAUUGAAUUUUGAAAUUAUUUAGUGUAUUCGUUAAAAAAAUGUGCUAUAUUUUUCUUAAGCUUUUUGUCAUGUUAAAGCAAUAAUAAUUGUUGUAAUACUCAUUUUCGCGAGUGCUUUUUUUAAUUAAGAUCUUGAAGCGAACUCGUCAAUUUUGUAUUCCAGUAUUCAUUGAUUAAUACAAAUAUAUAUUAAACAAAUAAUUAUUCACUGCAAGUGACAUAAUAAUCUGUCAAAUACAAGCGCUUACAAGUCUCUCCGUAAUUUAAAAAAAAAAAACGAAUCGUCGUGAUAAUGUUUGUAAUGGCUUUGUUGGCGUAGCGUAUGUACAAUCCGUUGUUAUAAUUAUUUUUAUACGAAAUAUUUGAUGUUGCCCGUUUUUGUUUUCUCGUAGUUAUCAAAAAUAAAUUUGCAUAAUUA